UAAGUUUCCGGUAUCCCUUCUUUGGUGGGGUUCGCCAACUGACAGCCGGUUGCUAACAGAGUUAGCUGUCCGCUGAGAGGAGUUGUAGCCGUUUUACAGUCACAGUCGUGUAGUAUUAAACGAUACCUCGCUUAGUUCCGGCUAAGAGUUUAUGGCAGAGUGUUGCUGACUAUCUUAGUAAGUUAAACCAACGUCAGCUAAAGAGGGAGUCGUCCCCUGAAUGACUGACUCGCAGUGUGUGGCUAGCUAACGAAGAGGAGGGUGGGGACAAAAACUUCCAGCCUCGCCCAGCCGUUGCUUCAUUCCAGCAGGCAGCUACACUCGGUGUGAGAGACCCACACCGCCGAAACCAGCUCAAUAUUCAAGGGGAGGCCGACACGGUCGUGUCAAGUAAGGGUAAAAAAACAAAAAAAUCAGUAAUCAUGUUCAGGAAAAACUUGAAGAAGGACCCCGAGCUCUUUCAAAACGUGUCGGAGGGUCUACGCCGGCUUUACCGGACCAAACUGUUCCCGCUGGAGGACACGUAUCGAUUCCACGACUUCCACUCCCCUGCGCUCGAAGAUGCCGACUUCGACAACAAGCCCAUGGUGCUCCUGGUGGGUCAGUACUCCACCGGGAAAACCACCUUUAUCCGGCACCUUAUGGAGCAGGACUUCCCCGGUAUGCGGAUUGGCCCCGAGCCCACCACGGACUCUUUCAUCGCGGUGAUGCACGGUGAACAGGACGGCGUUAUACCGGGUAACGCUCUGGUUGUCGACCCCAAGAAGCCCUUCCGCAAACUCAACGCCUUUGGCAACGCGUUCCUCAACAGGUUCAUGUGUGCCCAGAUGCCUAACCCUGUCCUGGAGAGCAUCAGUAUCAUCGAUACUCCUGGAAUCCUGUCUGGGGAGAAACAGAGGAUAAGCAGAGGUUAUGAUUUCGCUGCGGUGCUGGAGUGGUUCGCAGAGCGCGUGGACCGCAUCAUCCUCCUGUUCGACGCCCACAAGUUGGACAUCUCCGACGAGUUCUCCGAGGUGAUCCGAGCUCUGAAGAACCACGAGGACAAAAUGCGCGUGGUGCUGAACAAAGCGGAUCAGAUCAGCACUCAGCAGCUGAUGAGAGUGUACGGCGCACUGAUGUGGUCUUUGGGAAAAAUCAUCAACACGCCCGAGGUGGUGCGCGUAUACAUCGGGUCAUUCUGGGCCCAGCCCCUGUUGGUCCCCGACAACAGGAAGUUGUUUGAGGCAGAGGAGCAGGAUCUGUUCUUGGACAUACAGUCGUUGCCGCGUAACGCAGCACUACGCAAACUCAAUGACCUCAUCAAACGAGCACGUCUCGCCAAGGUGCAAGCCUACAUCAUCAGCUCUCUGAAAAAGGACAUGCCGAGCGUGUUUGGAAAGGACUCCAAGAAGAAGGAGCUGAUAGCCAACCUGGGGGAGAUCUACCACAGGAUCGAGAAGGAGCACCAGAUCUCACCUGGAGACUUCCCCAACCUUGCCAAGAUGCAGGAGCUGCUGAAUGGCCAGGACUUCUCUAAGUUUGUGGCGCUGAAGCCCAAGCUGCUGGAGGCGGUGGAGGACAUGCUCGCCAACGACAUUGCUCGUCUCAUGGCCAUGGUGCGCCAGGAAGAGGCCGCUAUGCCCAGCCAGACCGUCAAGGGUGGAGCCUUUGAGGGAACCAUGAGCGGUCCCUUUGGUCACGGCUAUGGAGAGGGUGCCAGCGAAGGCAUCGACGAGCUGGAGUGGGUGGUGGGUCGCGACAAGCCUACAUAUGAUGAGAUCUUUUACACCCUCUCUCCUAUCAAUGGCAAAGUGUCCGGCGCCGCAGCCAAAAAGGAGAUGCUGAAGUCCAAGCUGCCCAACACCGUCCUGGGAAAGAUCUGGAAGUUAGCAGACGUGGAUAAGGACGGCCUCCUCGACGACGAGGAGUUCGCCCUGGCCAACCACCUGAUCAAGGUGAAGCUAGAGGGCCAUGAGCUGCCACCCACGCUGCCUGAGCACCUGGUGCCCCCGUCUAAACGCGGGACAAUCCAGGAGGAGUAGAGGAGGAUGAGGAGGGAGCAGCCUGUAGAGCCCGACGCUUUGCAUCAUGUUUAGGACUCUCCAGUCCAACCACAAGCAUAAACAGCAUCAUCUUCCAUCACGCUGUGGGUCUCCAGGCUUCCUGACACACCAUGAGGAGGUAUCGCUGUGAUCUUUUUCCCAGAGAGAGACUGGAGGGUUUUGGGAGGGAGGGAGGGAGGGAGGAGAGGUCCAUCUUUGUUCAUAGGGGGUUAUUAGUUAGAUAUCUAUUAGAAACAGGGAGGGCAGGUUGAUUUACAAACUGAUGAAAGGACAUUACUGGAUUAUAAACUGAUGAGUGGUUGGAGGUAGCAUGAUGGGACAGAACGUGGAUUUGUGCAUCCUGUGUAAAAGACGUCUAUUAAGUAUACAGUCCAUAAUAUUAUAUGUUGAUCCAAAGAAAUAGUUUUUUUUCCCCCAUUUGGAGAGUGAAAGAGGAAAUAAAUCGAAACAGCUGUUAGAAUUGUUUUAUCUAUAUUUUUGUAUUUCCUGAUGGUUGACUUUUACUCUUUCCAAAUGCUUCCCUUUUUAUUAUUUUGCCAGAUAAAUAAAAAAGGAAUACUGUACCAUCUGACUCGUGGUUAUGUGGAUUUUUAUUUAAUUUUUCUGUGAUUUGAACUAAUCGAAUGUCUGACUUACAGAAGAAAGAGCCACUAAAAAAACGUAUUGAAAUAUAUUAUAUUUGCUCAAUAAAUCUGAAAAACGAA